AUGCCUGCUUGGGCUCCUUCUAACUUCGAUCCUCUGUUUGUCAUUAUAGAGCGUCUAGGUAGUCAAUGUAAAAAUCAGCUCAAUUAUUCAUUUUCUGAUGAUUCAGUUAAAGCUUCUCGCAAGAAAACUCAAAGAAAUUCAUGUUUACCUGAGCUCUCUAAAGAAGCAACUAUCAGUAAUGACAGUAUUGCUUCGUUUGGCAAUAAUUAUAAACUGAAGAGAAUUUUUUCUAGACCAGAAACACUGUUUGAUACAGAACCGUGCAAGAAUGAAAUGGAACAAUAUCAAGUUCCACCUAGAGAUUGUCAAAAGGUAUUCAAACCACCAACCCAAUCUUUUGAAUAUGAUGAGCUACUGAAGUUAAUUGAAGAUAUUUCCUGUGUUUUUGAAAAUUGUUCCUUAGAUACGUUCCAGCACGAGGGUGUUACUGUACCAUAUCUUGACGAAGUAGUUGUAAAUCAGAUCAAUGGUGACAUUUUGGGUCCUGGUGAUAGUAUUGAAUGGACGCCCUCAAUUGACAUGGAACAGGAAAUGGUAAUUGACGAAUAUUGUCGCCGUCAUCGAAACUAUAAAGAGGCUUGGGGAGCUAUACCCAAAUUCUCUGAUAGUAAAGUAUAUUAUGACAAAAUUGAAACACACAAUUAUCAUCCACCACGACUUGCUAAACCCAGGAAAACUUGGAGUCAACUACAAGAAGCUGGAAAUGAUAAGGAAUUAUUCUCCGAAGUCAGAAAUACUUUAGCAACAGUUCAUGAUAAGAAACCAGAGAAACAAGAUUGUUAUGAACCAGUAGCAGGAGUCAAGGAACCAUCAAAAGGUGUUGCAGCAACAUCUCAAUUUCAAAUCUUCGGAAACCUAUUUUCUUCGAGAUUACAUGGUGGUAGGAGGACCUGGAAUAAGCGAUCGCAUCUUUCAAACUCCAGACCUAGUGGAGAUAGACCAGAAUGCCACGAUUCUGAAAUACAAGUGGAUUAUAAGAAUCCGGAAGUCGACAAUGGCAAGGAAGAUGACCUUGAAGUCAAAGUCCCUAGCACCAAGACUGUCUCAAAGGCAACCAAUGUAACGCCUAAUGAGGUUUCUGAAAGUUUUGAUAUGAUUAGAAAACCACUUCUGGUAAAUGAAGAAAUAAAAUCUCUUUCUCUUGUUGUGUCAAGCGAAAAAGCUGCUCAAAACAAGUACAUCCAGAACUGGUUAAGUACUGUUUCCAAAACUUGGGAAAAUAUGAAUGCCAAUGAGAAUGGCCACUCCAAUGAAGUAAAUCAACCUCAAGUAUUUAGUAUUUCUGCCUCUUCCACUGAUCUUGAAUCAGUAGCAAAUAGUGAAUUAAGUACUUUGCCUCCUGGAAAUACAGAUUUGGCGGAACCAGAGCUGAUUCCCCUCCCUCCGCUGGAUGAUAGUGGUGACCAACAAGAACUAAUAGGGUUCAAUUGCAGACCGAAAAGUUCGAAGUGGAAUAUUUCAAGUUGGUUCAAAAUACAGAAACCUAGGCUCAACACACCAGAAGACAUUGAGGACGAAUUGUCAAAGACACUUACGUUAAUAGAGAAGAAGAAGACUCUACUUGCUGAAGAACCCCUUGAGGGAGGUGAUGAGUUUCGAACCUUGAUGCAAAGUGAAAUCUGUGAUUUGGAAGUAGAGAAACAACAACUUGAGAAAAGGCUCUAUCUUCAACAGGUAGACUCUGUCAUAGAUAUAGCGGAAAGGGAGGUGUUGACGUACAUGAGCUCUUCGUCACACUCAGUUACGUAA